CCGGAACUGGCCGGCGCCGCGAGGCGGGAGGAGCAGCGGGAGCCGGGUGGCCGCGCCUCGGGGACCAUGGACGUCCUUCCCACCGGCGGGGGCCGCCCGGGGCUCCGGACGGAGCUGGAAUUCCACGGCGGCGGUGGCGAGGCGAGGCUGGAGAGCCAAGAGGAAGAAGCGAUUCCUGCAGCGCCCCCAGCCCCGCCCCUCCGGGGAGUGGCGGAGCCGCCGCGGGGCUCCCGGGACUCGUGGGACGGCGACGAGGACACGGAGCCCGGCGAAGCGCGCGGCGUCCGUACUAGCCGCACGGCGUCCCUGGUGAGCGGGCUGCUCAACGAGCUGUACAGCUGCACAGAGGAGGAGGAGGCGGCGGCGGGCGGGGGCCGCGGGGCUGAGGGCCGUCGGCGGCGCCGCGACAGCCUCGACAGCUCCACCGAGGCCUCGGGCUCCGACGUGGUGCUGGGCGGCCGCAGCGGUGCCGGCGACUCCCGCGUGCUACAGGAGCUACAGGAGCGACCUAGCCAGCGGCAUCAGAUGCUGUACCUGCGGCAGAAAGGUGAGGGCCGGGCGCAGCGGGGUGCGGGGGGGCUUCCUGGAGCCGGACUGUCCUCGCCCUCUGCCUGCGCUCCAGCGCGCACCUGGGCUGCUCGGCAGAGCGCUCAGAUACUGUCUCUUUGGAUCUGACGCUGGUACCCACCGUGGCACAGAUUUAUGUCCACAUUUAGUUCUUAAGUUCUCCGGAGUAAUUGAAUCAAGCAUCAGUUGAUGGAGUGGGCAGUUUCCGCGCUUUUCCCUCCUCCCAUCUCCCCUCUCCCCGUGUGUUCGCGGAGGCCCCAGGGGAGAGGCAGCCCAGAUUCUAA